AUGAUCAAGAUCUGGAGCAUGAAGAAGGAGGAGGAGUCGGCAAAGAAGAAGAAGCCCAAGACCUCGCCCGCACAGCUUCGCGUCCAGAAGGGUAAGCGGUCCGGUGCUUCCUCUCCAUCGAAGUAUGAGCUGACCCGACACUGCCAAAUGCCGCCAGACUUGACCGAGCUGGAGCUGCCAAAGACCAUGAAGACCGACUUCCCAGAUCCAGCAGACGUGCUCAACUUUACGCUCACCAUCGAGCCCGACGAGGGAAUGUACAAGGCCGGCUCGUUCAAGUUCACCUUUGCCAUCAACAACAACUACCCGCACGACCCGCCCAAGGUCAAGUGCACACAAAAGAUUUACCACCCGAACGUCGACCUGGAGGGCAACGUGUGCCUCAACAUCCUGCGCGAAGACUGGAAGCCCGUGCUCAACCUCAACUCGGUCAUGGUCGGUCUGCAGUACCUCUUCCUCGAACCCAAUGCCGACGACCCACUCAACAAAGAGGCAGCCGAGGACCUGCGCAAGGACCGAUCAGUGUUUGCCAGCAACGUCAAACGCAGCCUUGGCGGCGGAGCAAUCAAGGGAACCACAUACGACAAGGUUGUUGCCAAGUAG